UCCUCCCCGAGGACCGUCCCCCUCUGGGGCGCGUCAUUCUCUCCACCCCUGGGGCCGACCCCGGCAGCCUCUGGCACGCCGGCCACGCGGGGGACGAGUCUCGGCCACCUGCUCCGGCACCGGGGAACCCGGGGCGCCAGCAGCCCGCGCGUCGGUCGGUGCGCGCAGGGCCCAUGGAGCUGCGGGCCAGCAACACCAGCUGCCAGAACGGUUCCCUGAUCAGCCUUUACUGCUCCUCCCAACAAGUCCUGUGCCAGAUCGUCAGUGACCUCAGCCCCCAGGUGCCCAGCAAUGUCACCUCUACCAGCUGGAAGGAGAGGUUCAGGCAGAGCUACGGCUUCUACAUUGGUCUGGGCCUGGCCUUCUUGUCCAGCUUCCUCAUCGGCAGCAGUGUCAUCCUCAAGAAGAAAGGCCUUCAACGACUGGUGGCCUCGGGGGCCACACGGGCUGUGGACGGAGGGUAUGGCUACCUGAAGGAUGCCAUGUGGUGGGCUGGAUUUCUCACCAUGGCUGCUGGAGAGGUUGCCAACUUCGGGGCCUACGCAUUUGCUCCUGCGACAGUUGUCACGCCUCUGGGAGCGCUGAGUGUCCUCAUAAGUGCUGUCCUGUCCUCAUACUUCCUGGGAGAGAGUCUGAAUCUGCUGGGGAAGCUGGGCUGUGUGAUCUGUGUGGCCGGCAGCACAGUGAUGGUGAUACACGCCCCCGAGGAAGAGAAGGUCUCCACCGUCGUUGAGAUGGCUGCCAAGAUGAAAGACACAGGGUACAUCGUGUUUGCUGUGCUUCUGCUGGUGUUCUGCCUCAUCCUCAUCUUCGUCAUCGCCCCACGCUAUGGACAAAGGAACAUCCUCGUUUACAUCAUCAUCUGCUCUGUGAUUGGGUCCUUCUCCGUGUCUGCCGUCAAGGGUCUGGGCAUCACCAUUAAGAACUUCUUCCAGGGGAUGCCAGUUGUGAGGCAUCCCCUCCCCUACAUCCUGUCCCUCAUCCUGGCACUUUCUCUCAGCACUCAGGUCAACUUCCUGAACAGGGCACUGGACAUUUUUAAUACUUCCCUGGUGUUCCCCAUCUACUAUGUGUUCUUCACGACGGUGGUGGUUACCUCCUCCGUCAUCCUCUUCAAGGAAUGGUACAGCAUGUCUGUAGUGGACAUUGUGGGCACCCUCUCUGGCUUUGUCACCAUCAUUCUGGGUGUGUUCAUGCUUCAUGCUUUCAAAGACCUGGACAUCAGCCAGACCAGCUUGCCCCACAUGCACAAAAACCCAACCCCAUCUCCCACCCCUGAGCCCACUGUCAUUAGACUAGAAGACAAGAAUGUCCUUGUGGACAAUAUAGAACUCUCCAGCACCCCAUCACCAGAAGAGAAGCCCAAAGUAUUUAUAAUCCAUUCUUAA